AGGUAAUCUUUUAAUCCGUCACUCUACACCACAUUGACCACAAUGAUGCCUGCCACAGAGACCAGCGAUUACCAUGCCACGUAUGAUGCGGCUAUGCAAAACGCUGAAAACCGUGUUUUUCAUCUUUUGCACUCUUUGGAAUGGCAACUUCAUUCCGAAAAGAAAACCGGAAGCAUUUGGAGCAUGAGAUGCAAUGUUAUGGAUAAUUACAUUUUCCGCUACGAAGGGCGCAUUCCGAACAGAACUUGUGCUGAGGUUUCUGCAAUGAUACAUCCGCAAGGGCUUCACCGCAACAAAUGGGACUCCCAAUCAGCAGGAACAAGCCUUGUCGAAGAGAUCAGCUAUGAUACAUCAGUGAUUCUUCACAAAACAAAGGGUAGAAUGAUGGGCUUGAUAUCUCCACGUGAAACACUUGAUUUGUGUCGUUUCGCAUAUGAUCCUGUUGAUGGCAGCCGUUCGGUAGUUAUGGUUAGUGUAGAUCAUGAGAAAUCGCCAAGAAUUGCUGGUGUGGUUCGAGCCCAAACUUAUCCCACACUUCUCAUGCUUAAUCCCCUAGGCGACGGUGUCAAGAUCACAUCGAUUGUGCAAGCAGAUUUGUACCUACAAGGUGUUCCACAAACCAUCGUUGAUACAUUAAUGCCAAAGGGAAUUGCGUCAUUUUUUGAAGACCUUCAAAAAUAUGCCAGCAAAGAUUGCACGAAAGUUUCAUUGAAUCAUCAGCUGACAGGAUGGUGUGCUGCCCAUUUGGAAAACUAGAACUUACCUGAAUGAUAACUUUAAAUGUUUUUACCAUUUAUGUUUUGAUAUUUAUAUACACUUGUCUAAAUUAGGAUACCGAAUAAAAAUUUGAUUUAUUUU